AUGCCUGUCGUCAAAGGAGGUGUUUGGACCAAUAUUGAGGAUGAGGUGCUACGAGCAGCUGUAUCCAAGUAUGGUCUGAAUCAGUGGGCUCGAGUGUCUUCCCUGCUCGCACGGAAGACCCCGAAGCAAUGUAAAGCUCGCUGGAUUGAAUGGCUGGAUCCAGGCAUUCGCAAGACCGAAUGGUCUCGAGAGGAGGAUGAGAAGCUGUUGCACCUCGCGAAACUGAUGCCCACUCAAUGGCGCACAAUUGCCCCCAUCGUUGGCCGCACCGCCACACAAUGCCUUGAGCGCUAUCAAAAGCUUUUGGACGAAGCCGAAUCUCGCGAAAACGAUGAGCUUGGUCUUGGAGGACCCGGCGAGGAGAGUGCUGCGCCCAGCGCGGACGAUGUCCGCCGUCUACGACCCGGUGAACUUGAUCCCGAUCCCGAAUCCAAACCUGCUCGCCCCGAUACAAUCGAUUUGGAUGAAGAUGAGAAGGAAAUGCUGAGCGAAGCGCGUGCUCGUCUUGCCAACACACAAGGUAAAAAGGCUAAGCGAAAGGCCAGAGAACGUCAAUUGGAGGAAUCUCGACGAUUGGCUGUCCUACAGAAGCGCCGCGAACUCAAAAAUGCGGGUAUCAACGUCAAAGUCGUUACACGGAAGCCCGGUCAGAUGGAUUAUAAUGCAGACAUUCCAUUCGAAAAGCCAGCUGCUCCUGGAUUCUACGACACGAUCGAAGAGCAAAACCAGAAUGAGCGUCAGCGUGAGGCCUUUGAUCCUCGAAAGCAACAACUCGCAAAUAAGAGAAAGGGUGAUCAGGAUGAUGAUGCAGAGCGCAAGAAGCGCAAGAACGACAAAAGUGGUGCUUCAGCCGCUUCAGCUGCUGCUCAGCGCGCAGGGCAAAUGCAGAAAAUCCGCGAGGCUGAACAGAGCAGCAAGCGGCGAGGGCUGAACUUGCCCGCACCCCAGGUCAGCGAAAGUGAGAUGGAAGACAUAAUCAAGAUGGGACUGGCAGCAGAAAAGGCCAGUAAGAUGAGCGGGGAUGAAGAAUUCACCCGGGGUCUUCUGGGGGACUACACCACGCUCAUUGGAAACACUCCUAUCAGAACCCCGCUAGCAGCGCCAGAGGAGGAUCGCGUUGCCAACGAGAUCAAGAAUAUUCGGGCUCUGACCGAGACACAGUCUUCUCUCCUUGGAGGAGAAAAUACACCACUCCACGAGGGUGGUUCAUCAACUGGAUUCGAUGGAAUUGCCCCUAGGAGACAGGAUAUUGUAACCCCCAACCCCAUGGCUACGCCAUUCCGACAGGCAAAUGGCAUGGGCGCUACACCUAUGCCUGGUGCUACUCCUUUGCGUACACCGCGAGAUCAUCUCAACCUCAACCGGGAAGUGGGGGCGCAGAUUCGCGGCAAGCUAGCCUCGCUCCCCAAGCCCAAGGAUACUAAAGUUGAAUUCGAUGAGUUUCCAGACGAGGCUUUUGAACCCACCACGUCUAUGGAGAUCAGCGAAGAGGAUGCAGCCGAGCGUGAUCGUCGGGAGAGAGAGGCACAACAGCAGGCAGCGAAGGCCGAGUUCAAGCGUCAAUCACAGGUAUACCAGCGAGGCCUACCUCGCCCAGCUGUUUUGGAUUUGAACGCUUUGAUGCAACGUGCCUCCAAAACCACCGGUACUAUAGAGGGCCUAAUUGCCAACGAAGCUGCCAUUCUGAUAGCGCACGACUCUCGCAAAUUCCCUGUCCCCGGAGCUCAAGUUGAAGGCAAAGCACCAAAGUUGCGCGAGUUAGAUGACCGCUACUUGAACGCAGCUCGAGCUUCAAUUGCCAAAGAGAUUGCUUCAGUGGAAGCACAGCAGACUGAAUGGCAAGAAAAGUUUGAUGAAGGCUGGUCAUCAGUUCGCGCGAAGUCUCUGCCAGGCCUUGAAAAUUAUGAAGAUGACGAGCAGGACUCAUUCCAAGAAGAACAAAAAAUGAUUGGCGCCUUCGACACCGUCCAAACAGCCCUGUUUGCUACCGCAGAGCGCGGAAAUAAGCUUGAGAAGAAGUUGUCUUUGCAUUACGGUGGAUAUCAAAACCGUGCCAAAACGCUGCGUUCAAAGAUCUUGGAGGCUGGUACUGCUUUGCCCACAGCCACGAAUGAGCUCGACGCCUUCCGCACACUCCAGAUCUCAGAAGAGACUGCCUUGCCUCGGCGACUUGAAAAACUCCGUGAGGCAGUGUCGUUUGUUAUGCGCCGCGAGCGUGAGGCUCAAGAGUUGUACAAAAGCCGGAAGGAGGAGCUUGAUGAGCUUGUUGCCGGGACCGCUGCCAUAAAUGGGUGGCACUAG